GGCCAGCCCCGCGCCCGCCGCAGCCAGCCCGCCGCGUACCGCCUGCUGCUCCGCGCACCGCCGUCCGCCAGCCAGGGAUGAACGCGUCCCAGGCUGCGGGAGAAGAGGCGCCGCAGAGCGGGCACUCGGUCAAGGUGGUCCUGGUGGGCGACGGGGGCUGCGGGAAGACAUCACUGAUGAUGGUCUUCGCCAAAGGGGCCUUCCCAGAGAGCUACAGUCCCACAGUGUUUGAGCGCUAUAAUGCCACUCUGCAGAUGAAGGGUAAACCUGUGCACCUCCAAAUCUGGGACACAGCCGGGCAAGAUGACUAUGACCGCCUUCGGCCCUUGUUCUAUCCUGAUGCCAAUGUCUUGCUCCUCUGCUUCGAUGUGACCAAUCCAAACAGCUUUGACAACGUCUCCAACCGGUGGUACCCUGAGGUGACACAUUUCUGCAAGGGAGUGCCCAUUAUUGUUGUGGGCUGCAAGAUAGACCUGCGUAAGGACAAGGUGCUGGUGAACAAUCUGCGGAAGAAAAGACUGGAGCCUGUGACCUACCACAGGGGCCACGAUAUGGCAAGGUCUGUGGGAGCAGUGGCCUAUCUUGAGUGUUCAGCUCGGCUCCACGACAACGUGGAAGCCGUCUUCCAGGAAGCAGCAGAAGUGGCUCUCAGCAGUCGCAGACAUAACUUUUGGCGGCGGAUUACUCAGAAUUGUUGCUUGGCCACCUGACUGGCUUGGAACCCACCUUGUCUUCAGGUUUACUCAGCUGCAGAAAGACCCAGAAGCAGAACUUGUACUCUGUUGACUGGGAUGGACCUAAUUCCCAGGCUGAGCUGGUAGAACCACACAUCCACCCACAGAUGAGCUCCAGUGAGGCCUGGCCCCUGGACCGAGGAAUCCUGGAUUGAGGAAGAGGGUUCCCAGACCCUUAGCUCUGGAACCAUUAUAGACUCCUGUGCCCAAUCCUGAACCUGCGUCCUGAGUGGGGUCUGUGUGGUCUGAUUUGGCGCCACCUUAUGGCUAUUCUAUUGAGUUAUAUCUACAGGACCUAGGGUUCCCAAGACCAUCCUGCCCGGGCUAAUACCCUGCCCCGUCCAUGAUCAUCCUAUUUAUCCCAUUGCUAAGUGUAACAACUAAAAUGGCAGCACUUGCUA